UUUUGUUGCGCGUGCGUCAGUCAUCGGAUCCAAAGCGGCUCCCGAUUGGUCCUCGUCGCGCGCGUCACUGCGCCGCGCCCGCCCGCGAGUGAGCCGCCGACUACAAAAGUGUCGGAGCGGGCGCGGGGGGCUCCGGAUCGAGUCCACGUGCUCCGCAGCCCCCGCCCCGACCCGCCUCCCCCCCCCGUCCCCAGUCCCCAGUCCCCAGUCCCCGCUCCCCUCGCGGCCUCGCGGCCUUCGGGCCUUCGGGCGCCACGAUGGAGCUGCCGGAACUGCGGGCCUUCGCCGACGCCGACGCCGGCGACGACUUUUACGACGACGCGUGCUUCGACGCGGAGGACGCGCGCUUCUUCGACGAGCUCGACGCGGAUCCCCGCCUGGCGCACGCGCACGCGCCGCUCCCGCCGCAGCAGCACCCGGUUGAGCGCGACGAGCACGUGCGCGCGCCCAGCGGGCACCACCAGGCGGGCCGCUGCCUGCUGUGGGCGUGCAAGGCGUGCAAGCGCAAGACCACCAACGCCGACCGCCGCAAGGCCGCCACCCUGCGCGAGCGACGCCGUCUGGGGAAGGUCAACGACGCCUUCGAGACGCUCAAGCGCUGCACGUCGGCCAACCCCAACCAGAGGCUGCCCAAGGUGGAGAUCCUGCGCAACGCCAUCGGCUACAUUCAGGCGCUGCAGGCCCUGCUGCGCGGCGACGCCCGGGACGCCCGGGACGCCUUCUGCCCGCUCGCCGACGCCUACGGCGGAGACUCGGACGGCUCCAGCCCGCGCUCCAACUGCUCCGACGGCAUGACCGACUUCAGCGGGCCCGCCACGCGACCCCCUUCGGACCCCAAAACCUUUUGGAGCGACCACAAGGGUGGCGAGCGCGCGCCGGCGGCGUCCAGCCUGGAUUGUUUGUCCAGCAUCGUGGAGAGAAUCUCGACCGACGGCGGGGACGCGCCGCCGCGGGACCCCAAGCCGGUCUACCAAAUCCUCUAGCGCGGCGCCGCUCCCGGAAGGCCGCUUCGAGGCCAGCGCCGGGGGGCCUGCGCCGGAACUGACGUCACAACGCCCUCCGCCCGAGGAGAAGCCUGGAGGUCACGUGACGACGCUCCGAGAAAUCAAAAUGACUUGUCACCAUAACGAGAUGAUUUCCAAAAUAGCUCUCAAACGUUGACAGCCGGAUAUUUUGCAAACGAACCCCCCAAAAAAAUGAUUGAUUAUUGAGGAGAUUUUCAAGGGCUCUCUCGGCCCUUUCGUAGUCCUUGAAGUGCUUCCACAUUUCUGCUGAAUCGCAACUAAAAAUUCGGAAAAAUGUGAAAAUUUCGUCAAAAGCGAAAAUUCUUCCUGCGUCCUGUCAUGGAUUCGGACUUAAACAAACAAACAAAAAAAUGUUUGCACCCUGCAUCCAUUUUGAUCAACACGAACAAUAAUAAGCACACACGAUGUUAUUGAAAUGAGAAAAAGAUGAAUUGUCACCGCCCGCCCCCCUCCACAAAAUGGCAACGCAUCCCGCUAAUGAGCAGAAAUUGUCAUGAUCGUAACAAUCAACAAAAUCGAUCAUAGCGACCGAGCUUACAUUCCUCCACCUCAACGAGAAAGAAAAAGUUGGCGAGUCGAUUUCUUUCUGGCCCCGCUUGCAGCACAGGACCAUUUUCUUUUAUGAUUAUUACUAUUCUAAUUUUUUUUUUUUUUUUUUUUUUUUUUGGUGUACACUUGAGCUGGAGUUGUAAAUAAGAGCGUUUGUUCAAUGUAUUUAAUGCCUUCCUUCCUCCCUUCCUUCCUUCCUUUUUCUUUCUUUCUUAGUUUUUGUUUGUCGUGAAAUAAGAAUGUUAAACUUUAUAUUUAUACAAAUGGAGUGACACCACAAUUCUAAUAAAUAUUAUACUUUAUUUAUACUAAACCACUCUCUUUGCGUGUCUGUGUGAGUGUGUGUGUUUUUUUUUUUUUUACGUAUAACUUUUGUAUUUAUUCUCACGGACAAUUUUAUUUAUUUUACGAAAUGAAACUCGACUAACAAACAUGCUAUAUUUGUUCAACAUGCAAAAACUCA